AACUUCCUAAGUGCAAUCGUUGUUUCAGUUGCAACGCGUAGCUGGAUAUGGCAAACGUGCACCGAACUCGGCUACUUCCAGACAACCGACUACGGAAAUAGCGCAAUUUUUGGAAGCACGAUACCAGUGGACUUCUUCUCUGAUCAGUGUAUCGAGCUCUUUGGUCCAGAGUACACUCUCACUGAGACCUACAAACGAGUUGACGCUGUCAGCAAAAAAUAUGGCGGAGCUACGGCAUACAGGCAAGGUUGUGUUCCCGAACGGUUCAUUGAUCCAUGGAAAUCGCUUGGACUUCUCGUUGGAAAUCCGGACAAGAAGGUGGAUGCCUUUAUGAUUGAAGGUACGGCUCACUGCGCUGACAUGUAUCCGGCUUCUCCGAACGACAAGCCAUCACUAACAGCAGCGAGGACACGGAUUCAAAAUAACCUUGAUGCAUGGAUCCAGGAAGCGCUCGCUCCAACA